AUGACAUCGGCAUUUAACUUUGAGGUCAAUAGUGGCAUCCAAAUAGCUGACAACCAUGGCACAAUCACAGCAGAAUUCUACCCGUCUAAGCGACCCAAAACCUCCCAUCACGACGUUAUGCCUGUCUCACGAUACGAUCAGUACACCAUAGCCUGGAUAUGUGCGCUAUACAUAGAGAUGGCAGCAGCCCAGGCCAUGCUGGACAACUUUCACGAAGCCUUGCCUACGCACAGAGAAGAUAGAAACACCUACGUACUCGGAGACAUCAAUAAACACAAUGUUGUUAUUGCGUGUUUACCAGUAGAGCAACAUGGACCAAGCAACGCAGCGAUUGUCAUGACAAACAUGAAACGGGCUUUCCCAGCAAUUCGCGUAUGUCUUAUGGUCGGAAUUGCCGGUGGUGUGCCAAACAAGGCUGAUCUGCGUUUAGGUGACAUUGUUGUUGGGACAAGGGUGAUGCAGUAUGAUCUUGGGCAAGUCCUUGGAGAUAGACUGCUCCAGCAAACGGCGAUACCUAGAAUUCCUCAUCAGUUGCUUGGUACAGUUGUGUCUACCAUCCGUUCUAAGCACGAAAUAAGCCCCAGCCGAGUUAAGUCUAUUUUAGAGCAGAAGCUAAGAGGAAACCCCGAGUAUAGUCGCCCAGAUUCGCCAGAUCGUCUCUUUUAUGCGAUUUAUGAUCACGAAUCUUCAAGUGAUAGCUGUGAUGGUUGCGAUCAUUCAAAGCUAGUACCACGAAGCAGACGAAUUUCAGAUGAAGUAAUGAUCCAUUAUGGCGUGAUUGCUUCAGGGAACCAAGCUAUAAGGGACGGCACAACCCGGGAUAUUAUUGCUCGACAGCUGGACGUCAUAUGUUUUGAGACAGAGAGUGCUGCUUUAAUGGACAUCCUCCCUUGUCUCCCAAUUCGGGGAAUCUACAACUACUUAGACGCACACAAGAGCGAUGAAUGGCAAAGAUAUGCUACAGCAACCGCAGCCGCAUACGCAAGGGAAUUGCUCGAGGAGCUACCUUAUUUCGAAGACUUGGCCCAACAAUCCACAGCCCAAGGCGUCCCAUUCCGAAUCUGUUUUUCGAGUCGACACUAUCCUUAUAUCAUCAUUCAACAGGGUAUUAGACUUACAAUUGAGGGUCAAUUAGGUCAUACAGAAGACUUAGCAACCUACGUCACAAGUCGGCUCAUUAUCAAAGAGCCCACGCUUAUCGAAGAGCUGCAACCACAACUUCUCAGUAAAGCUGCUGGUGUUUUCAUGUGGAUCAUCCUGGUUGUCGAUAUUCUUAACAAGGAGUAUCGACAGGGCGGAAUAGCACUCAGAAUGAGACUCGCAGAAAUACCCAGUGAUCUGAGUGAGCUUUUCAAAGAUAUAUUACGGCGUGACAACGAGAACAUGGAAGCUCUCCAGCUUUGCAUCCUCUGGAUCUUGUACUUAAAAAUUCCUUUGCGGCCACAUGAGUUCUAUCAUGCUCUCUGGUCUGGUUUUUCUUUGAAAGGCUUGGUUGAUAGCCAAAUUCCUGAUAUUGCCAUCCUAGAAACUGGGGCUAGGGCUAAUAUAGUCAUCAGAUAUGUCAUUAGCUCUUUAAAAGGACUUGCAGAGACUACCAAAUCUGAUCAGUCCACAAUUCAAUUCAUCCAUGAAUUUGUACGAGACUUCCUCAUCAAGGACAAGGGCCUGUAUGAAUUAUGGCCUGAGCUUGAAUUUGACUGCGGGAGCCUAGGCCAUGAGAAACUCAAAGAAUGCUGCAACCUCUACAUAAAUCAUACGUUGAUCUGUGCGUCUGUUGAUAGGCUGCCAUCAGAGUCUACCUCCAACAACCAGAAGAAAACCUUAACCAAGUACCCGUUCUUGGAGUAUGCCAGUCAGAAUAUCCUCUACCAUGCCAACGCUGCAGCCAUAAUAGUCCUUCAAGACACAUUUUUGUCUUAUUUUCCUGUUUCCAGAUGGAUCAGUACCAGCAAUAUUUUCGAAAAGUUCAAAAAUCGCAAAUAUACGUCUAGUGCUAGUCUGUUUUAUAUACUAGCAGAUAAAGGGCAUCCGGCGCUCAUCCGGGCAAAGCUUAAAGUGGAUCCGCAAAUUCAUGUUUUUGGGGAAAGAUAUAAUUACCCAAUAUUUGCUGGGCUGGCUAGUGGCAACAAGGAUGCUGUUGCUGCUCUUUUGAACUCACCCUCGAGGAUUUAUAAUGGAGUUGAUAUCACAGAGGGUCUCAACCACAGGAAAGACUUGAAAGAAUAUAAAAAUCGAACACCGCUAUCUUGGGCUGCACAAGAUGGUCGAGCGGAAAUUGUAGAACUUCUCUUACAGGAGAGAACUAUCUGUAAUGAGCUAGACAGAGGGGGAGGAACACCACUAUCACGGGCCUCAUUGAAUGGCCACGAGACGGUAGCUAGAAUUCUUAUUGACAAGGGAGCCGACGUCAAUACUAGCGAUAAUAAUGGAUGGACACCGCUCCAAAGUGCCUCAUCAAAGGGCCACGAGACGCUAGCCAGACUUCUGAUCGAUAAGGGAGCCGACAUCAACACUAGCGAUAACAAUGGAUGGACACCACUCUACUGGGCCUUAUCAAAUGGCCAUGAGACGCUAGCCAGGCUUCUGAUCGACAAGGGAGCCGACGUCAACGCUAGCAAUAGCAGUGGAUGGACACCGCUCCACAUGGCCUCAUGGAAUGGCCAUGAGGCGGUAGCCAGAAUUCUCAUCGAAAGGGGAAGCAACGUUCAUAAUAGCAACAAGAGUGGACGGACACUGCUUGACUUAGCCUUAUUAAAUGGCUACGAGGCGGUAGCCAGUCUUCUAAUCGACAAGGGAGCCGAUUACGUCAACGCUAGCGACAAUGUUCAACGAACACUGCUCUAG